AUGGCGACUCCGCCCCCGGAGGAGGAUCUAUUUCUCACGAAACGACACGAAGAAGAGGACUACGAAGAAGCAAAUCGAAAACGAGAAAAGGACUACAGUCCACACACUCACGAAUGUCCGCGCCGGCGCGAUGAUCCCAUGACCCGAAUCUACCGCUUAACACCCAUCCCGACCAUUCUUCUUGACGCUUCUCUGCGAGUCGUCGAGGUAUCCGACAGCCAUCUUGCUUUCUUCCACCAGUGCAGAGACGCGCUGCUGGACAAGUGCAUCUACGAUAUCUCGUCAUGCGUCCCAUCCCCCGAUAUUGUGACCUUUAGCGGCGCCUUGCGAGCGGCCGUCACCAGCCGCGACAUCCAGACGAUUGACGGCAUCCAUCUUCCCGAUACGAAUUCCUACUUCUCUCUACGAUUGAUACCAAUUCUCGACGGCCCGGAGCUGAUCUAUAUGGUCCUCGAGACCCAGAAUGUCACCAACGAACACGCAGAAUCCCGCGCAUACAGCAAUCAGACUUACAUUAACGAAACUUACCGGACGUUGCUGGACACCGUCAAAGACUACGCCAUCUUCAUGCUCGAUACGCGCGGGAACAUUGCGACUUGGAACUCCGGCGCCGCCGUGCUGAAUGGAUAUUCAGCGGAUGACAUUAUCGGACAGCAUUUCUCCAUCUUCUACAGCGACGAGGAUUGUUUGCGACAGAAGCCUGCAAAAGAACUCGAAGUCUGUCUGCGCGAUGGCAAAGUGGAGGAUGAAGGCUGGCGGUAUCGUCGCGACGGAUCACGAUUCUGGGCCAACGUCCUCGUGACGCCUAUCUACCAGUUUGGACAUCAUGUCGGUUUCGCCAAAGUCACCCGGGACCUGACCGAGCGCAAGGCCUCCGAGGCGCGUUUAAUUGCCGCGUUUGAGGAAUCCUCGAAACUCAAGAGUGACUUCCUGGCCAACAUGAGCCACGAGAUCCGUACACCGAUGAACGGCAUGCUGUUGGCUCUGACCAUGUUGACGAGCACCGAGCUCAAUCAGCAGCAGCAGGAGUAUGCGUCUAUUAUUGAAGACUCGACUUCCAUUCUGCUCCAGGUGAUCAACGAUGUUUUGGAUUACUCCAAACUAUCAUCUGGGGCCUUUUCAUUGCACUCGGAUAUCGUCAAUGUCAGAACGAUCAUCGACGCCGUUGUACGAAACUGCAACCCGCUUCUCAAACCGGGCGUUGAAUUGACCAGUCAUCUUCCAGAUGACUUCCCCCAGUAUCUCAAAGGCGACCCGCUUCGGUUCCGGCAAGUGCUACAAAAUCUCGUCGGGAACGCAGUCAAAUUUACCGAGCAAGGCAACGUCAGGAUUCACACGUCGUUUUCCGUUGACGAGGAAAAGCGAGACGCCUAUAAGAUAUUGACUGAAGUCAUCGAUACCGGUAUCGGGGUUCCGGCCGAUUCCGUAAACACGCUUUUCACCCCAUUCACACGAUUCGCAGACUCCUGCACCAAGAAGUAUCAAGGGACAGGGCUGGGUCUUUCGAUCUGCAAAGGUCUAGCCGAGCUGAUGGACGGGACGGUCGGAUUCAGACCAAACCCAGACGGUUGCGGAAGUAUCUUUUGGGUAGCAGCGCGAAUGGAUUGCACGGACGAGGUGGACUCAGCCCGAGCAGCCGGCCUCGCCUCCGAAGAAACUUUCGACCCAACCGAAGAAAUCCGCAAGAUCGCACCCCAGAAACACAUCCUCCUUGUCGAAGACAACAUGGUCAACCAGAUGGUCAUGCGAAAACUCCUGCAAAGCGUGGGAUUCGAGCGCGUUGAUGUCGCAUGGGACGGGGCGCAGGCGGUGCGAAUGGUCCAACAGCGUCCGCUGUCAUAUAACGUGGUUUUGAUGGAUGUUAGUAUGCCGGUCUUGAGCGGGCUGGAUGCGACAUCGCAGAUUCGAGAAUUGCAUAUUGAUGUGCCUAUUAUUGCGCUCACAGGGAAUGCGUUGAAGGGCGAUGCGGAGACGUAUUUGGCGAAGGGGAUGAAUGAUUAUUUAGCAAAACCGAUCCAUCGGCAGCAGCUGUUAAGGAUGCUUUGGAAGUGGAUUGUUUGA